AUGUCUCAAAUGAAAUGGCAGAAGGAUUAUGAAGUAAAACUUAUCUAUCCACGCAGAACUGCUAAGUUAUUGAUAAUUCUUACAGUUUUAAACGCGUUUGUAUGUUGUAUAUCAUCCAAAGUGGGCCUGUACGAACAUGGAAUAGAAUGGAUUCUGGCCUCUCAUGUUGGUGUAGCAACCUUGGCAUGUCUGUUGGUUUUCAAAUUUGAGAGUAAAUCUGAGAGCAUGUUAGUAGUGCCAGCAGUUGGGAUCAAUGUUUCCAGUGUUAACAGAUUGGGACAAGUAAAUACAGAGUUCUUUCCAAGGCAGCUUGUUCAAGAUGUAGUGAUUGUGGAAGCUAUAAUCAUGCAGAGGUUGGCCACAUAUCUUGCGAUUCUUUAUCAAGACCCUACUUCAGGCCAGAAGAAAAUAAGGCCAAUGUUCUUGAAAUCCAGAUUAAAAAUAGAUGAAUUAAAGUCAAUUUACCAGAAAGUGCAGAAGAAUCUCAAGUUUAUAUCAGAAAAGAAGAGUUGACCAAGGCUGUAAUAGGAAUUUUAAAGUGAACAAUCUAGAGCUCUACAAACACUUUUUCUAUUUUUGUGUCUUCAUAGUUGAAUGCCAAGGGGCACAUAGCUUUUGGCCUGUCUGCCUGUUUAUUUGCAGAAACUUUGCACUUAGUUUUGUUAGAGCUUGUGUAUUCCUUUUGCCAAGACAUUUCUUAAGCUAACGCAUCAAAAUUUUAAUCAUUUUGACGAUGGCCUUGCAGUUUCACCCACUUUUGCAGUAAUUUACAAAACUUUAUCAUUGGCUAUAACUUUU